AUGACUUCUGUCGACGCCCAGCUGAAGGAUGUCGCCAUCCUCGGCCAUAUCAGUGAACCGGCCCGCAAGAUCCUCACCAGAGACGCCUGUGCGUUCCUGGCUCUCCUGCACCGUGCAUUCAAUGGCACCAGAAAGGCGCUGCUUCAACGACGCAUUGCCCGUCAAGCAGAGAUCGACCGGGGCCAGCUCCUAGACUUCUUGCCAGAAACCAGACACAUCCGUGAAAACGAUGCCUGGAAAGGCGCUCCUCCCGCGCCAGGAUUGGUUGACCGCCGUGUCGAAAUCACCGGUCCUACCGAUCGAAAGAUGGUUGUGAAUGCAUUGAACUCGGAUGUGUGGACCUACAUGGCCGAUUUCGAAGAUUCAAGCGCUCCGACCUGGGAAAACAUGGUCAACGGCCAGGUAAACUUGUAUGACGCUAUUCGCCGCCAGGUCGACUUCGUGCAAGGUGGAAAAGAAUACAAACUCCGCACCGACCGCAAACUGCCCACACUCAUCGCCCGAGCUCGAGGCUGGCAUUUGGAGGAAAAGCAUUUCACCGUCGACGGAGAGCCAAUCUCUGGUAGUUUGUUUGAUUUUGGUCUCUAUUUCUUCCACAACGCCCACGAGUUGGUCAAAAGAGGCGCCGGCCCAUAUUUCUACCUCCCAAAGAUGGAAUCGCACUUGGAAGCCCGUCUGUGGAACGAUGUCUUCAACCUGGCCCAGGACUAUAUCGGUAUGCCCAGAGGCACGAUCCGGGGCACUGUGCUGAUUGAAACCAUCACCGCCGCGUUUGAGAUGGACGAGAUCAUCUAUGAACUCAGAGACCACAGCUCCGGCCUGAACUGCGGAAGAUGGGAUUAUAUCUUCUCCUUCAUCAAGAAAUUCCGCCAGAAUCCUAACUUCGUGCUCCCCGAUCGUUCCUCCGUCACCAUGACCGUGCCAUUCAUGGAUGCUUAUGUCCGACUCUUGAUCAAGACUUGCCAUAGACGCGGUGUGCACGCAAUGGGUGGCAUGGCUGCUCAAAUCCCAAUCAAGAACGACCCCAAGGCCAACGAGGCUGCCAUGGAAAGCGUGCGUGCCGACAAGCUCCGUGAAGUGCGUGCAGGCCACGACGGCACAUGGGUUGCCCAUCCCGUUCUGGCAUCAAUUGCUUCUGAUGUGUUUAACAAAUACAUGCCCACUCCCAACCAGCUCUUCGUCCGAAGGGAGGAUGUCCAUGUAACCGCCAAUGACCUUCUCAAUACCAAUGUUCCUGGUAGCAUCACCGAAGACGGCAUCAGAAAGAACAUCAAUAUUGGCCUGUCAUACAUGGAAGGAUGGCUCCGCGGUGUCGGCUGCAUUCCCAUCAACAGUCUGAUGGAGGAUGCUGCUACUGCUGAAGUGAGCCGAAGCCAGCUUUGGCAAUGGGCUCGACAUAACGCCAAGACGGCAGAGGGCAAAAAGGUCGACAAAGCUUACAACUUGAAACUCUUGAAAGAGCAAGCGGAUGAGCUCGCCUCCAAGGGCCCCAAGGGCAACAAGUACCAGCUUGCUGCCCGCUAUUUCGCUGGCCAGGUGACCGGAGAAGACUAUGCAGACUUCUUGACAUCGCUGUUAUACAACGAGAUCUCGGCUCCUGGAAGUGCAGCUAAGCUGUAA